AGCAGAAGUACGUGGAUUCGGACAUUAACUCACUUGCCCUGAGUGUGCUGCAUCACCUGCCACCACUGGAGCUCCUGCACUUCAGCUCUGAGUUGGGAAUCUGUCUUCUGCAAUGGACGAGAUAAAAGGCUUAAGACGGAAGCUCUUCCUCCUUUUCAUUAUUACCUUCGUCAGCAUCUUCAUCUUCACUGUCAGUUCAUCCAGGAGGAACAGAUCUAUCCCAAACCACCGCAGGGCUACGAGCAUUUGCCCCUCUCAUGUCUCUGAUCAGACCAUCACCCCCCUCAACAACACUAAGCACCUACUGGUGUCGGCCUUCAAGGACCAGAGGGUGAAAGGCUUUGAUAUACGCAUCAUUGGCGUCUUCAGGAGAGACUCCAUCCAACCCCUUCACUGUCGCUUCUGCUGUGAAGGUUCCUUGUCGAUCACAACUCCAGCAAACAUUUUACAACAUUCAGACAACUUUGGAUUUCCCUUCGUCGCAACAGAUGUCAUGUGUCCGAUUCCUGAAAACUGCAACGCGACACAUGUCACUCUUCUGCCUCAGCCAGAGAGUGGGAUUGCAUCUAACCAGAUUUGGCUCCCGAUAAGAAACAGAAAGACCAACAUGGACGAGGAGGAAAAGUUGCAGUUUAACUUCACAGUCUGCAUCUCCAACCUGUUUGGAGACUACAACAACGUGCUUCAGUUCGCCCAGACCCUGGAGAUGUACAGACUGUUGGGUGUGGGCAGAGUGGUGAUCUAUAACACCAGCUGUGGCCCAGAGCUCGAUCGUCUGCUGCAGAUCUACAGCCAGGACGGCUUCCUGGAGAUAGUUCAAUGGCCCAUCCACCAACAUCUGAAUCCAUCUAAAGGUUGGCUCUUCUCAGAGCACGGAGGGGACGUGCACUACUUUGGCCAGUUAGCCACGCUUAAUGAGUGCAUUUACAGAUCCAUGGAGCGCUCACGCUACGUCUUGCUGAAUGACAUCGAUGAGAUUAUAAUGCCUUACCAACACGACAACCUGAUGUCUAUGAUGAACAUGCUCGAAGAGCAGCAUCCAAAUACAGGGGUAUUCCUCAUCAAGAACCAUAUUUUUCCCAAAAAACACUUUGAGCCAAGUGGGAGGUUUCACCUACCGCAAUGGAUCGGGCUGCCAGGAGUUAAUAUUCUGGAGCACAUCUACAGGGAGGAACCCAGCAUAAACGUAUACCAUCCGCAUAAGAUGAUACUUCAGCCGAGGUUGGUGGAGCAGACGUCAGUGCACGAGGUGAUCAAACAUAUGGGAAAUUACUUCCAGGUUCCACAAGAGAUCUGUCGGAUCAUUCACGUCCGCGUGGCUCUUCAGAAGGCGCUGACGCUGGAGGAGCUCAAUGUGGACAAACGACUUUGGGACUUCCAUGAAAAACUGGUUCCCAACGUGGACAAGGUGCUGAAAAGAGCGGGACUGCUGAACUCGGAGGGGCAGGCCUGAUGGACGGGACUGCACGGACAGGACAACUUUGAAUUGAACGCAGGUCAAGGGUCAAUGAUAGUCUGGAGAGCUGCAGAGGUGCUGGGUGAUGAUAAAUGGGACUUAUUGGUUUAUUUAGAUUUUAUUUUGUUAUAGAUUGCAUCCAGCUCAGGUAAUUUUCUGAACUGUCCCUCAUCACAUCGACUAUAAUUACAGUAAAUGAAGAAAAUCCUAAUUUC